AGGAACUGUGAUAAGAGUAUAUUGAAGCAUGUUGGAACAUGCGACGUGAACGAAUCUAUAGACUAAAUAGACAAUUUACAUAUAUCACAAAGUGCGUUCGGGGAGAUGUGUAGUACUAUUUAUAUUAUUCUAUCCUAUAUUGUUUUAUGUAAACAAAGAGAAUAACACAAAUAGCGCUAAUAACGUCGUCUAAUAUCUCUCUGAACACGCUUACGAUAUCAUGUUUAUCACAGUGACAGAAAUCGCUUAACAACAAAAGUUGACACUCAUUAUGUAUAGAUUUUCUCGACAGCUGUGUCAAGCUUUCAUAUUAUCAAGUUGUUCUCGCAGAAAUCGACACGUAUUGACGAGUUGUCGACAAUUUUUGGAAAAUACCUUUAAUCGUCCGAGUACAGACAAUCCGACAAGGAUUUUAUAUUCUUCAAGUAUACCAUAUCAGGAAAAGAAUAUUGAAGUUCUGUGCAAAAACGGAAUGGCAAUAAAAGAAGAAUUUAUAAUUUAUUAUGAAGACUUACUGCGAGAAUUAGAGAAGGAGAAGCCAGAUUUUUUGCUCUUUGAUGUUAGAGAAUCUGAAGAAAUUGAAUCUUAUAGCCAAACACCAAAAAUCAUUAAUAUAAAAGAGGAUGAUGUCGUUAAUGAACUCAUAAACCUUGAAGACAAAAAUUUCCAAAAAAAAUAUGGGAUAUCUAAACCAGAUCAACACACAAAAAUGAUAUUUAGUUGUUACUCUGGUAAAAGAGCUGAGAAUGUGGUAAAAAAGAUGAAUGAAAAAGGAUACACACAGGUAUAUUUAUAUAGGGGAGGUUUCAAAGCGUGGCAUGAUAAACAAAACUCGAAAAGACAAACUUUCAUAAUCAAAUAUGAUCAGUUAUUGAAAAAUCAAAAGAAAUCUGAUGUUCUGAUCAUCGAUGUUAGAGAACCUGAAGAGUUAGCUGAAACUGGCAAAAUACCAGAAAGUAUUAAUAUAAGAUCGAGUGAUGUUGUUAAAGAAUUCAAAGAACUUUCGGAGGAGGCUUUUGAGGAAAAAUACAAUAAAUCCAAGCCGACUGAAGACACAAAGAUCAUAUUUAGUUGUCACUCUGGCAAGAGAUCCGAACGUGUUCAAAAACAGAUGCAGGAAUUGGGAUACAAACAGGUAUUUAAUUUUGAAGGAGGUUGGGAGGAGUGGAAACGAAGAGAAGAAAAAAAGAAAAAAUAAAAGAAGAACGAUAAUGGAAUAUAAAAGAGGAAUUAGAAUAUUUUCAUUAUUGCACUGAUUUUUAACACACACACACACACACACACA